AUGAAGUGGAUGUCGGAUAGCGCAUGGUUUUCGUCGCCCUUACCUAGUAAGGAUAUCAAAUCAAUACCGUCAAAUCAAGCUAUUACUUCCCCUGAUCUAUCAACAGUAUCAACAUGUGAAAAAGAUGUUCUUAAAUCAUCGACUGAUAGUGUGAAGAAAAAACUCAAUACCUAUUAUCUUUCUAACAGCAAUAGCACCUCCCGUAAACGAAAAACAAGUGAAAUGGAUGAACAUGAAGGCUGCCGAGAAUUAGAAAAGUGCACGGAUAUUAAGGAAAUUUCAAAUAAUUCGGACAAUGAGAAAAAUGCAGUAAACAGUCCAAAGAAACGUUCACUUAGUUUUGGCAUCCAGAAAGCAUUAGACUUCUAUCACCAAGAAUUUAUAAACGUUGUCCCUAUUGAGGACUUGUGGACAAAUUUAACAUCACAGCGAAUCUUAGCCACAAGCACAGUUAGUAAAUGGAAAUCUUUAGCAAACACAAAAGAUCAAAAUGAUAAGCUAUGGAAUGUUCUUCGAGACCAACGUAGAGAUAAAGAUUUUUUUAAGUUUUGCUAUAUGUUAAAAGAACAUGAACAUGACGUUGAAGCUAUAGUAGAAUUUGGAGAAGAUUUAGAAAAAAUGGGUAAGAAUAAUGUUAUUAAACCAAAUUCUGAUUGA